CAAUCCCACAUCACCAACCAAUGACGGUACUUCCGCGUGCGCCUCUCCUCGCCGAGCCUGAGUUUUCCCGUUAUCCAUGAUUUGGCUACACCUAAGUUGCGAUUUUUUGGAUGUCACAUCUAUAUUGCUAUGGUGAGAUCAAGGAAGAAUAGAAAGAGGGGUUGCGGUUCCUACGCCUAUCACCCCUAUCAUCCUCCUGUUCCUGGUUUCAAUUAUCCAGGUCAAGCUGGUCAAGCUUAUCCAUAUGAAUAUUUCUAUGACUAUGGCUACAAUAAUCCUGCUCCGCACCCUGUGCCAGAAGAAACUUAUUAUCAGUAUCCGCACCCUGUACCAGAGGUAAACUAUUAUCAGUAUCCGCAACCUGUGCCAGAAGAAAAUUAUCGUCAGGACUUCCAUGAUGACAAAGAGAAGAUAAACACUCCAGCACCAAGUAUGAAGGAGAAGGAUAAAGAUGUACGAAAUGAAGAUAAUUCUCAUCAGGGCCCUCACCCUGCGCUAAAUGGAAAGUCUUAUCCUGAUCCGCACCCUGCUCCAGAAGAAAAUACUGAUCAGGACGCUCACCCAGUGCUAGAAGAAAAUUCUUAUCAUAAUCCACACCUUGUGCAAGAAGAAAACUAUUGUCAGGACCUUCAUGAUGAAAAAGAAAAGAUAAACACUUUAGCACCAAGUAUGAAGGAGAAGGAUAAAGAUGUACAAAAAAAAAAAAAAAGAAAAAGGACAAAAAACAUAAGAUAAAAGCUAAGAAAUCGCGGAAGAGGCCUAAAAAGAAAAAGAAGAGUGCAAUUACAAGUAGCAGCAGUGAUGCAAGCAGCAGCAGUAGCGCCUCUGAUGAAUCGUCAAGCAGCAGCAGCUCAUCAGGUUCCAGCUCCUCUUCAAGCGAAACGUCUGAUAGUGAGUCAGACCAGCAACACUCGAAAAAG